AUGAGUUUGCCCGCCAACAAUCGCCGCAUCGUCCAGAUGCUCUGGCUGGCUGCCGGAUUGCUCUUUGUGCUCGCCUUCCUGUCUGCCAUCGGCGGCUCCGCACCCCAGGCCAAGGAGUGGGCGGCAAACAAGGUUGGCUCCAUCACCCAGCUCAGAUCCGGCCGUCCCUCCCUGCGUGAGGCCAUGGAGAGAUCCGAGGCUCUAUGGAAGAAGACGGUCCGACAGCGUCACGAGAUGAUCGCUGCUGAUUACGGUGAUGCUUCCAAGAUGCCCAUGUUCCCUGCCAUCAACGCGGAAAUUUACAAGACGAGCCCGUAUUCGAUCUGGGACUUUACUCCAGCUUCAUGGAGCUGCCCUCACGAGAUGGAGCGUGUUGGCCGCAUGGGAGACGGCGGCAAGUGGGUAUGCGGAAUGUCGCACUACGUCAACUUCCCCAAGAACAAGCAGUGUGUCAUUUACUCGUUUGGCGUUCGUGACGAGUCUAGCUUCGAGAACGAAAUGCUGAGCCGCACGCCUUGCUACGUCUGGGCAUACGACUUCUCCGUUGUCGACUUUGGCGAACAGCUCGAGGCUUCCAACCGUGCUCGUGCCCAGUUCCUCCAGGUCGGUAUUGCCGGAAAGACGGACCUGAACGCGACCCCUCCUUUCUACAGCAUUAGGGACUUGAUGGAAAUGAACGGUCAUCAGUACAUUGACAUUCUCAAGAUGGACAUUGAGGAGGCCGAGUUCGAGGCCAUAGACGGUCUCAUGGCCGACUUUGCCAGCGGAGAGUUCCCCAUUGGCCAGCUCAUGGUUGAGAUCCACUUCUUCACAGUGAGGAACUCCAAGACGUACCUCGACUGGUGGGAGCGUAUGGAAGCACGUGGCCUGCGUCCUACUUGGACCGAGCCCAACCUGCUCGCCGUCACUCUGGGUUUCGAAUACCCCCAGCUGGCCGAGUACACGUUGGUCAACGUCGACGACCGCAACAACGUCCUUUUCCACGGCAGGUAA